AAAUACAGAGACUGUGCCAAAUACUCUAUGUAAGCAGUUUAACAAGGACUUCCUGUUACCAGCUAGCUCCAAUGAAAAUGAUCUUCCUUUAAUCUAAAGAAUGGGAGGCUAACAGGCAAAACCGGAUUCUCCAGGUGUGAAGUAAGCAAUUUGUUCUCUCAUUUGAUACUAACAGCAAAAGGACAACUGUAUGUCUAACUUACUUGACUUCAUUAUUUGGCUUUCAAUUACAUUAACUAUAUGAAAAACCAUACAGAAAUUAGCCUGUGAACCAUAACACAGAGGCUUAAAUGAUUUGAUUGAAACGUUACAGACGAUACUCAGUCUUUCUCUUAAGGGCAGGACCUCAACACCGCAGGUGGAAAGCAACAAAAAGAACAAGACAAAGGCCUCUACAUGCUCGACUGGGUCAUCGUCCAGGAAUCUUGAACACCUCCAGUGAUGGCAAGCUUAUUAACUCAUUAGCAGUUCAUUCCACCUUGGGACAAUUCUACUGUUUGAAAAGUCUUUAUAUUAAAUCAAACCUCUCUCCAUGUGAUUUCCACCCAUCGUCUUUGGACUAACGCCAAAAAACUAGGAGGAUUUUCCCUGGAAGACACACAUAGCUAUGUGAAGCCAACUGCUACUGAGGGAAAAAUGCCAAAUUUUUAUUUGUUUGACUCAAUCAUUUUUGCUUCUUAAGAGGAAAGGGAAGAUGAAAGAUCGACUUCAAGAACUAAAGCAACGAACAAAGGAAAUCGAACUCUCUAAAGACAGGCAUGUGUCAGCUAUAGAAGCAGAAGAACAAGGAGUGUUUUUGCAGCAAGCUGUUAUUUAUGAAAGAGAGCCUGUAGCUGAGAGACACCUGCAUGAGAUCCAAAAACUACAGGAGAGUAUUAACAAUUUGACAGAUGAUGUUCAAAAAUUUGGGCAGCAACAGAGAAGUCUGUUGGCUUCAAUGAGAAGGUUUAGUCUACUUAAGAGAGAGUCUAGCAUUACAAAGGAGAUAAAAAUCCAAGCAGAACACAUUAAUAGAGGUUUGGAUGAUUUAGUAAAAGAAGUUAAAAAGUCAGAGGCUGAAAAUGGUCCAUCAUCAGUGGUGACAAGGAUACUGAAAUCUCAGCAUGCUGCUAUGUUCCGCCAAUUUCAGCAAACCAUGUUUACAUACAAUGAUACAAUAGCAGCAAAGCAAGAGAAGUGCAAGACAUUUAUUUUCCGUCAGCUUGAGGUUGCUGGAAAAGAAGUGCCUGAAGAAGAAGUAAAUGAUAUGCUUUAUCAAGGAAAAUGGGAAGUUUUUAAUGAAAGCUUACUUACAGAAAUCACUAUUACUAAAGCACAACUCUCAGAGAUAGAACAGAGACACAAGGAACUUGUUAAUUUGGAGAACCAAAUAAAGGACUUAAGGGACCUUUUCAUUCAGAUAUCUCUUUUAGUAGAGGAACAAGGAGAAAGCAUCAACAAUAUUGAAAUGAUGGUGAACGGUACAAAAGAAUACGUUAAUACUACUAAAGAGAAAUUUGGACUAGCUGUAAAAUACAAAAAAAGAAAUCCUUGUAAGGUAUUGUGCUGUUGGUGUUGUCCAUGCUGUAGUUCAAAAUAAAGAGGCUAUUUUAGACAUUUUCCAGUUUUAGGAUGAAGAUAUCCUACGUUUCAGUGUUUUCCUUCAUUUUAUAGAUCCAUUCACACAACUUUCAUCACAACGAAGUCAUAAUUAUCCUCUUUAGUCCUUACCUGCUAGAACAGAAACUUUUGAAGUCAGUGACAAAACAAGCCUUCACUUAUUAAACUAAAAACAGUAUAGUUAACUUUAAACUCAUGGAUUAACUAUUGAAAAUGAAAUCAAUGAUCAUAUUUCUGUUCAACUAUCAAGCGCUAGUAUGUAUUUUUGUAACUUUAUGCCUUAGUAAGAUGAGUAUCAGUGACAACUGCUUAAACAGUCCUUCUGGAUUGUUUGAGAGUAUUUGAGAGUUUUUUAGUAGUUAAGAGGUAUAUAUAACAAGACCUCUGAGUGCUGUAUUAAAGCAAAAUCAAACCAGAAGCUCUGUCAAAUCUUUUAUGCUCAGAUAGGUCAGUUAACUCAGUGGCCAACAUACCUUGGGAAAUUCUAACCAUGUACUCAAUGAAGAAUCUGUUUGGUAACUGGGAGCUGAAUCUAGCUUAAGGCCUAAGAAAGUAAGGCACUGUUUUCCUGAACAUGGCUCCCUUCAGUACACUCUGUUACAAGUCAAGAAGUUUGGCAAAUAAUGUAGAAAAUAAAGGUAACUGCAUUCUCCAAAGUUUCUCCAUCACUUUACCACAUAAGCUGAGCACUGCACUAUGGGCUGGGGAUAGAGUUUGAACUCACAGAGGGAUAGAGAUUUGGAAUUCACAUUUUAGUGGACAAAGCAGGUAACUAACAAAUAUAAAUAUUAGAUAAUAUUAAGUUCUCAGUAGAAACUUAAAACAAGGCGUUGAGACACAGAUGGUUGGAGUGGCUUCUUUUGGUUGGGUGGUCAGUGAGGGUCUCUCUGAAAGGUAAUAGUAAAUGAAGAUCUGAAUGAUUAAGACAAGUAAAAGUAUAUCCCAGGUAUAGAAAACAGUUACAAAGACCUUGAGGAUGACAUAACUUAUUCUGCUUAAAGAAAAGUGAGUAACACAUCUGUAUCAUGGUAAGGGAAGAGUAACAAGGUAAGAGAUAAAGUUAAGAAAGGUCAGCAGGGGGGAUCCCUGGGUGGCGCAGCGGUUUGGCGCCUGCCUUUGGCCCAGGGCGCGAUCCUGAAGACCCAGGAUCGAAUCCCACAUCGGGCUCCCGGUGCAUGGAGCCUGCUUCUCCCUCUGCCUGUGUCUCUGCCUCUCUCUCUCUCUCUCUGUGACUAUCAUAAAUAAAUAAAAAUUAAAAAAAGAAAAAAGAAAGGUCAGCAGGGGCUAGAUUGAAGCUUUUGUAAGCCACAUAAGUUCAAACUUUACAGCAAGUUUAAUCAAUGCAAAGCCUUCAGACUGUUUUGGCUGAAAAUAGUGUUAUACAAUUUAUAUUUGAGAAAAAUCAAUCUGUCCACUGUAUGUGGGUUAGAAUGGGUUUGGGGCAGAUGAGUAGAGGACAAGUAUGCAGGUAUAGAAAAUAAUCAGGUUAAUACAGUAAGCCCAGUAAAAGAGGUGGAAGCAUGGACUAGAAUGGGAGUAGAGGUGGUGGUGGUGACAGUACUAAUACUCAGGAUUAAUAAAAUAUGUAUUACAUCUCAGCAUUGUUCUAAUGAUUUUACAUUUUUACCAACAAAAACACUGAGCUACAGCAAGGUUAAGUAACCUGUUCCAAGUCACAGAAACUGUGAGGAUCAGAAUUUGAACCAGGCAGUCUGAUUCUAGAAGCAGUUCUUUACUACAUACUAUACAACUAGUGAUGAAAGAAAAAAAAAUUAGACUAGCUUAUGAUAGAUUUAAGAACUCGAAUCUAUAGGAUACUGACUGGAUGAGGAUGUCAUCAAGAAAAAGAGAUAAGGGUUUCAGAAUUGGGGGUAAAAGGGAAAUCUAGAAUCCUAUUUUGGCCAAGAAAACAUGAGAUUACUAUAAAAGGCCCAAGUGGAGAUUUCUAAGAUAUUAGCUGUGUCAGCAGGAGCUCUUGGAAGAGGUAAGGGCUAGAAAUAUAGAUUUGGGUCAUUUGAAUAAACAAUAUUUAAGGUCAGGUGAUGUUAGAAUGAAGUCACCCAAGAAGUUUGUAGAUGUAAAAAACCAGAUGCCCAGAAAAGAGGCUGGAGUACCCAAAAUUUCCUCCUAAAGCAAGAGUUAAUAAAGGAAAUUGAGAAAAAGCCAUCAAUGAAGUAGAAGGAAAACCAAAAAAGCAUGCUGCAAUGUUGUGUUAAAAGAACAAUGUUGAGGGAAAGGUGAACUUGAGCACAGCACACUGAUGAAUGGAUUUGGCAACGUGGAGACAGUUUGUUGACUGCAACAUGAGCAGUUUCAAGGAACGGUAGGUAUCUAAGCACAAGUGGAGUAUGUGGAAGAAAGAAGGUCGCAUGAAAAAGUAUAGCAGCUGCUAUAAACUAUUCUCUCCAGCCAUGUGAAUAGAGGACUAUAAAAAGGAACUACCUGCUGAAGAGGAAUGCAGAGUCAAAAGAUUCCAUAAUAGUUGGCAAGACUAUCCCACUAACGGGAAUGAUCCAGAGAGCCAAAGUCUUGAUAUAAGAAAGGGAAGGAAUUAUAUGCAAAAGUAGGAAGGGCUGGGACCUAUAGUACAGAUGAAGAAGCUGGCCUUACAGAGGAGCUGAAGCACGUUUUCCAAGUACUAGGAGAGAAGGCAACAUUCAGGAAGAAAAGCUGAUAAGGAUAGUUCAGCAAAAAUGUGAUCCUAAAUGAGAGAACUCUCAUGUAAUAGUUUCUAUUUCCUAAAGAACUGAGACCACAUAAUUGACUGAAAGCAUGAUGAAAUUAAAGGACAGCACAAAUAUAUAUAUCUACUAACACUAUAAAAUAAUUUCUAAAUUAUAAAAUAUAAGGAGAUUAACGAGCUUUCUACUUUGUCAAUUAUCAAGUAUUAUUGGAGAAAAAUGUUUCACAUGUGUCAGCUCCAAAUGUAUAAAGAACUUUAUAAAAAAAAAAAAAAAGAUGAAUUUAAAACCACUGACAAACUCUCCAUCUAAUCAGCUGGUGAUAAAUUUCUUCUGUCCCUUCUAAAGUUGUACUAUUUCCUUUAACCUGGUACCUUACUGACGCCUGUUUAUAACUGUUCCUAAUUAUUUAUCAUGGAAACUGAGAAUAUUAAGUAUUAUUUAAUAUUCACUAACAUAAUUUUGUCCAGGUGGCUUUGUAAAAUAGCAAUUUUCUAUUAGCAUUUA